CUCCCUCCACGUGCUUCCAAGGUAUAACCCACCCUCCCUGCCACUCAAGCGCUGCUCAUCCCGUACUAGUUGCAGGCAGUGGCUGGAGCUAGUGCUGAUCAAAGCUGCCUUUUGUCUCACACUGAAUCCCUGCUCUGGGCUACUACAGGAGAAGGCAAGACGGUCUCAGGGUUGACCUUCGCAAGUUGACUGGAUUUUGGAUUUGUCAUCUAGAACGUUGCUACCUGCUUUUGGAAAAUGUCUUAAGAUUGAUGGGCCUGACUAUAUAUUGACGGAAGUUGUCUCACAGCUUAUGCCAAAAUGUCAGGGCUCAGCCCCUCAACUGGCUCUCCAGAAGAAAUGGGGAAUGGAACGUUUCUGGAGCUCUUUCCUACUUCUAUUUCAACUUCAGCGGAUUCAUCCUCCACAUCAAAUCGGUUAUCAAACGUGUAUGUCUAUGUUUCUAUCUUCCUCAGUUUACUGGCCUUUCUCCUGCUGCUGUUGAUUAUUGCUCUUCAGAGACUGAAAAACAUUAUCUCUUCAACAUCGUCUUAUCCAGAGUACACUAGUGACGCGGGAAGUUCAUUCACUAAUUUGGAAGUAUGUAGUAUCUCUUCCCAGCGGUCUUCUUUUUCCAAUUUGUCUUCGUGAGAAGAUAUAAAGAGGAGUCCCUGAAACACAGAAAUAUUGCAUGUGACUUUUUCCUUUCAAACAGAAGAGGCGUCUCCUGUUCGGCCCAUUUGAAUCAAUGCUGCUUUUCAACUUCAUUUCAUUGUUGUCAUUUAUGUAUUUCAUCUGCUUGUAUUGAUAUUGACAAGUCGGAGCUAAUGUUAACAGACAUCAUCUUAGCUUAAGUUAGAAACAUUUCCUAUUUAACUUAUGAAGCUGGCAAAGGACUUAAAUAAAAUCAGUCAUAUUUUAAA